UUUCCUUCUGGCUCCUUUUAGGAUCAGCCCCUCCGCCAACACUCUGGACUGCAGCCUCAGUGGAUGGGACCAAGUUGAUUCCCUUUGAACAAAACACCGAGAAAAGUCAAACUUCACCAGCGGCGCAAACUCCCCUAAAAGAUGUCCACGCAGGGUUUGUACCAAGGUGGAGGUGCUGGUGCUGGAGGUGGAGGAGGAGGAGGGUGGUUAAACACUGUUUUCUUUUGUUCCUCGCCAUCGGCGAAGGGCAUAUCGAAGAGAAAAUUGCGCCAGACCAGAAGCUUGGACUCGGCGAUUAUCCGAGGUUACGGGACCGACACAGAGCUGGCCGCCGAUGAUUUCGACGUCCCAAGGAAUACCUGCAUGAGGUCCAAGUACGUGGGUGUCAGCAGCCCCCUGUCUCCUCGUAGCUCGGCUGAGAAUUUGGCCGGCUCCCGGUCGCUGCGGUCCAGGCAGUGCCCCCGUGUCCCUCUGGAAAAAUCCCUUUCCAGCAACUUCAGUUUGGAUUACGACCCGAGGGGAGGCGUGAAGAGAACCGCCGCCUGGGACCUCUCCUUCCUCCCCAAGAAUCCACCUCAGAACCUGUCCAGCAACACGCUGUUCUCCCCGAGAAAGUGGCUGCAGAGAAAGCCACAUCAACCCAACAGCCAGUCCUACAUAGUCUGGAGGUCAGAGGGUGAUUUUACGUGGAACAGCAUGUCUGGCCGCAGUGUUCGACUGAAGCCAGUUCCUAUUCAAAGUCUCUCGGAACUGGAGAGAGUACGGCUUCAGGAAGUUGCUUUUUAUCGGCUGCAGCAGGACUAUGACUUGGGGUGCCAAGUUACAAUCCCAAAAGAUGGACAAAAACGGAAGAAAUCAUUAAGACGGAAAUUGGACUCAUUGGGCAAGGAAAAGAACAAGGACAAAGAAUUCGCACCACAUGCCUUUGCUAUGCCAUUGUCUCAAGUGAUUGUUAAUGAUCGAGCCCAUAAGCAAAAGCAGGAUGCUCUGAAAGAAGAGCAGAAAGACAAUUCAGAUUUUGUGGCAUCAGUCUUGCCAUUCGGAUCCAGAAGACAGAACAAAGAACUCUCAAGCAGCAAUUCAUCUCUCAGCUCAACCUCAGAAACUCUAAAUGAACCAACGUCACCAAACACCCCUGAAGCUGCCCCACGUGUGAGAAGACGGGGUGGAAUGUCUGUGGAUUCCAUCACCGAUCUGGAUGAUGAUCAGUCUCGAUUAUUAGAAGCCUUGCAGCUUUCACUCCCAACGGAAGUGCCAAACAAGAAAGAAAAACAAAGAGACAAAAAGCUAAGCCUAAAUCCUAUUUAUCGCCAGGUGCCUAGAUUAGUGGACAGCUGCUGCCAGCAUCUAGAAAAGUAUGGUCUUCAAACAGUAGGAAUAUUCAGAGUGGGAAGUUCAAAGAAAAGGGUAAGACAGUUACGAGAGGAAUUUGAUCGUGGUGCAGAUGUUGUUCUUGAUGAGGAGCACAGUGUACAUGAUGUCGGGGCCCUACUGAAGGAGUUUUUAAGGGAUAUACCAGACCCUCUGCUCACUAGAGAGCUCUACACUCCAUUCAUCAGUACACUUUUGCUAGAGCAGGAUGAACAGCUCAGUGCCUUGCAACUUCUCAUUUAUCUCCUGCCUCCGUGUAAUUGUGACACGCUCCACAGACUUAUGGAGUUCCUUGCCAUGGUAACAAAUCAUGCUGAAGACACCCUGGAUAAAGAUGGACAGGAGGUGACUGGGAACAAAAUGACUUCACUUAACCUUGCCACAAUCUUUGGUCCCAACCUCCUCCAUAAACAGAAGAGCUCAGACAAGGAAUUCAGUGUCCAAAGUUCAGCUCGGGCCGAGGAGAGUGCUGCUAUCAUCAAUGUUGUUCAGAAGGUUAUUGAAAACUAUGAGACACUAUUCAUGGUUCCACCGGAGCUACAGAAUGAGGUGCUGAUGAGCUUGCUAGAGACGGAUCCGGAUGUCGUUGACUACUUGCUGCGGAGGAAAGCAUCACAGUCAUCGAGUCCAGAUCUGACGAGAGCCGAAGUCUCCUAUUCUUUGGGAGGACGACAUUCAUCUACUGAUUCCAACAAGAUCUCAAGUGGAGAAGUCUCGCCGUAUGAUAAUAACUCUCCAGUACUGUCAGACAGGCUGUUAAUGCAGAGGCCAGAAGACCUCAGCCCUGGUUCUGAGAAACUCUAUAAAGUUCCUGAACAAUAUGCUUUAGUUGGACACUUAAAAUCCAAAUCUGGGGAUAGCUCACCAGUUUCAUGGCCUGAAAAAGAUAAAAAUGCAACUUCAGAAGAAAACGCUAAUAUUUGGGGAGCUUGGCAUUCCACAUUGAAAUGUGGAUCUAGGGAGGAAGGGAUUACAGGUUCAUAUGGAGAUAUAUACCAAAGCAGUGGGUUACAGCAAAGACAGUGUUCUCUGUCACAGGGAAACCUCAUAGCAGACUGGCCUGUAGUUCAGGCCUCUUCCACCGUGUCUCUGGACAAUGCAAAACAGCCUGUGCGAAGAACUCAUACAACUGCAGGUGCCCCUGAGUGCAGACCUCAUGCUCCCGUGAGCCGUGUUUGCAGUAGCCCUCAAGUGGCGGGAAAUAAGAAACAUGUGCAGCUGAGCCUGGAAUCCUUGUGCCUCAGACGUGACCUGCGUUCCACAGGAAGUGCAGAACAAAUUCCUCAGAAAACCUCAGAAACCUCUUUCUUGCACAAGAAACCAUGGCAAUCCCAUUUUAGGCACGGGGACAUCAACAGAAAUGAGACUCGACCCCCUCCUCCAUAUCCCGGCCCAUUGAGAGAAAGUUCUCUGACUUCUAGUAAAGCUGGUACCCAUCAAGAACAAGCUCUGUCAAGACUUCAGACGACUCAACAAAGUUCAGAGGAGCAAAAGGCAAUGUCACCGAAGCAGUCAACGCUCAAACCUGAGCAGCAGGACUCAGUUUCCUGCAAUGAUGAGAAUCGAAGCUGGUCCAGCCAGACAGACAAUCAAAACAAUAAGAACAACUUAGCAGAGCCUGACUGGGUGGAAUGGCAGAGAGAACGAUGGCAAAUCUGGGAGCUCCUGUCUGCGGACAGUGCAGAUUCGUUACCAGAAACUUUAGUAUGAUAUCUUGAGCUUCUCACAAGUAGACUUUGUUUAGACAUCAUUUUAAUAAUUUUUUAAAGAAACAAAUCAAAAUUCAUCCUAUCAUUUACACAAAACAUAUUUUUAUAUUUGUGCGAUAUUUUAACUUACUUUUACUUUACAGGGUGUGAAACAACACAGUCUUUAACAUUCUUGUACAAAGUCAGUGUGUCUGUCAGCACCUAAAGCAUUAGCAUAGGACAAUACAUUUGAAUGUUGCUGUAUGCAUAAACUAUACAUGAAAUAUAUAAAUAUCUAUUUUGUGGUGUAAUUUCCAUUCAUUUUGUAUUUAUACAUAUGUUUGGUUCAUUUUAUGUUAUAUAAAAGAUUAUGUUCAGAUCCACAUUCAGAGAGAAAAUAAUACAUUUGGACUGCUCAUACAUCAUUGCACUUAUUUUGUUGCUCUAAUGACUCGUUAUAGCAUCAACAUCUCUUGUUAUCUACCAACUGGUGUUUCUGUUGUUGUCUUUUAAGGAAUCUGAAUCUGUACAUUAUAAGUCCUUCUUGCCACUGACUAAAUGAAAUAACCACUGCAGUAUCAAGGCUUUAAUUACUGUCAACUUUCUUUGUGGGCUACCAUUAACUUUUCUUUGACUAUAUUUGCCACUCUCAGAUACCAACUGACACUCCCGUGAGUAAGUAACCUAGUUACUGUACUGCCAGUUACCAUUGCUGUGUCACUAUUCAAAGGUUUUGUAAGUAAAUCCAGUUUCCCCUCCCUACCCUUUUUUAAACAUGGAAAAUAAGAUCCUCAAGGAAAGAGAAUACAACAUAAUUGCUACAUGGUAGUGACAGUCGAGAUACCAACACAUGAGAUCAAUGCAAGAUUGAUCUCCAGCCAGGUGGAACUCAGAUAUUCUGGCCAUGCAGGGACUGCAAUGCCAUUUAAUUUAAAGUAUUGGGAAAUGACAGGUUGUGUUUUUCGUGUAUUCAAAUGAAGAAUUUGCAUUUGGUGUACCUUUUUAAAGCAAGACUGUAAGAUGUAUUUUAGUUUUAAACAAUUGUGCCAAAGUUAUAAGUGACAAGCUCAUACAAUUCCAUUUGUUUUAUUUUCAGAAAAAAAUGUUCAUUUUAUAAAAUUGUUUUAAUUAGUUUGAAGGCUGGACUAGCAGCUGGCUAUAAUUGUGUUCAUGUUUAAAAUGCUCUGCCAACAAAGGCAAAUAUAUUACAUAGAGACAGUUGUGAUCUAGCACAGUACAUUGUCUUAAGCUGGUUAAUAAGACUGUUCCUAUAACAUAAUCUUAAAUCUUACGUGUGCCGUAAAGAUCCAAUUAAAAAGAACAUGAAGCAA